GUGUUUCCAUUGGGAACGUGAUGGUUUGCAGGGAUGGCAGAGGGUGGAGGGUUGGAGGGUGGAGGGAAGGGGGCUGGAUUAGACUUUGCACCUUUGGGUCCACAAAGAAGCAGCACAGCACUCAACUCUGAGCUGAAACCAGCGAUGUGCCUGAGAGUCCUCUUCACCUUGGUCCUCAGCUUUUACAGCUGCCAGCCGGCGUCAGUCUUUCUGGAUCCAGAUGGAGCCCAUGGCGUCCUGGUCCGGACUCGGAGGUUUAACUCGGGCUGGUUUGAGGAGCUGCAGAUGGGAGACCUGAAGAGGGAGUGUGUGGAGGAAAAAUGCUCGUACGAGGAGGCGCGGGAGGUGUUCGAACAUACGGAGACCACGGACGAGUUUUGGAAGACGUAUAACCUCCCAGACAGCUGUAAGUCCAACCCCUGUCUGAACGGCGGCAGCUGCUCCGCCCUGGGUUCGUCCUACUCCUGCUUGUGUCUACCGGAGUUCAGCGGACUCAACUGUGAGCUCGAGUUCCUGGCUGUGCCGAACACCUGCCUGCUGGAGAACGGAGGCUGCGAACAUUUCUGCGAUGAAGACGAGGCAGGACAAAGGUUAAACUGCUCGUGUGCAGACGGAUACGUUCUGGAUGUCGACGGGCAGAGCUGCGUAGCAACAGGGGCGAUAGCAUGUGGCAUGGUGCCCGUCCUGCAGGAUGAAAACAAAGCCAAGCAACUCGACCCUCGAGCUCGGAUCGUUGGAGGGACGGACUGCCCCAAAGGUGAAUGCCCCUGGCAGGUUUUGUUGGUGUAUAAAGGCAAAGGGUUUUGUGGAGGAGUGAUUUAUAAACCCACGUGGAUCCUCACAGCGUCUCACUGUAUGGAGAACAUGGACGUCCAGUUCCUGAAGGUGGUCGCAGGCGAACACAACACGGAGGUGAAUGAGGGCACUGAGCAGUCUAUCCAGGUGGCCGAGAUCAUCAUGCAUGAGAACUAUGUGACACGAACCGCCGACAAUGACAUUGCCCUCCUUCGUCUGGCGUCGCCCAUCAUUUACACGACGUACGCCGUCCCGGCCUGUCUGCCAACGCGCCCGCUGGCCGAGCGUGACCUCUGGGCCGUCAGCCUGCACACGGUGAGCGGCUGGGGGAGGAGGGGUGAGAACGGACCCACCUCCGUCCUCCUGCGGCGCCUGAAGGUGCCUCGGAUCCGGACACAGCAGUGUGUCGAGGAGAGCGGAGUGGCGCUCACGGAGAACAUGUUCUGCGCCGGAUACAUCGAGGGCAGACAGGACUCGUGUAAAGGUGACAGCGGCGGGCCCCUGGUGACGCAGUACAAGAAGACGGCGUUCCUGCUGGGGAUCGUCAGCUGGGGGAAGGGCUGUGCCCGACCGGGCAACUACGGCAUCUACACCCGGGUGUCCAACUACAUCGAGUGGAUUCACAACCGAACAGCGACGCCAGAGCAGCCCAGAAACCACACACAGGCUGUGCUGCACAACCAGACAACCUGAGGGUUCAGAGGUCAUCACAGGCUGAAUGAACUGUCUCUGGGUUUCAGACUGUUUUACAACAUUUUAUCAAUUCAUUCAUUCAUCAGAAAUGAUAUUGGUAAUGAAAAAAAAAUCAUUAGCCUUAAACUUAUCAUUAAU